AUGGGCCCCCGUCCGUCGCACCCGCUGCCCACCCCCCUAAGGCGGCCCUGCAGCGUCUUCAUCUUGGAUUCGAGGGCAACCUCCCACGUAGUCGGAGACGUGUCAUUAUUCUCGCCGUCGUUCAGGUCCAGAACGCCCACUACUACAGCAGGCAGCCCCGCCGCCGCUUACCAGGCGCACGACGGGAGGGUCCUCACCGUCGCCGGCGUCGGCACCGUGUCCUGCGACAACCACCGUGUCGCCUACGCGCGGUGUGUCCCGGACCUCUGUACCGGACUCAACCUGGUCUCCGUGCAGCAGCUUGCUGACUGCGGCUACCUCGUCAUGUUCGGCGGCGGCCAGUGCUCUGUCAUGGAGCAGAGCAGCGGUAAAAUCACCGGGAAAGGGCGGUUGCACGCCGACGAUAGCCUGUACCACCUCGAGUUCCUCGACAUCCCACACGACAAAACCUGUGAAGAUAGCACGCCAACAUGA